AUGAGGUUCAAGAUAGAUGAGAUUGAAGUGCUCUUCCCGUAUCCCAAGAUCUAUCCUGAACAAUGGCAGUAUAUGUGUGACUUGAAAAAAGCACUCGAUGCCGGUGGACAUUGUGUGCUUGAAAUGCCUUCUGGAACUGGAAAAACCGUAACGCUGUUAUCACUUAUUGUCGCCUAUCAACAACACCAUGGCGACUCCAGAAAACUUAUAUAUUGCUCUCGAACCAUGAGCGAGAUCGACAAGGCUCUUCAUGAAUUAAAGGCUCUUAUGAAAUAUCGUGCGUUAGAGCUAGGCCAUACAGAGGACUUUCGUGGACUUGGUCUUUCCAGUCGAAAGAAUCUGUGUCUACAUCCAUCGGUGAAGCGCGAAAAGAGCGGAACGGUAGUUGAUGCUCGAUGCCGAAGUCUUACUGCCUCUUUUGUGGCUCAAAAGAAGGAACGUGGUGAAGAUGUUGAGACUUGCACGUAUCAUGAUAACCUAGAUCUCUUAGAGCCACAUAAUCUGAUUGAGCCGGGUGUCUUCACAUUCAGUGAUCUCUUGAGAUAUUGUCAAGAAAAAGUUACUUGCCCAUAUUUCACAGUGAGACGCAUGUUGCCAUACUGCAAUGUCAUAAUUUACAGCUAUCAUUAUCUUUUGGAUCCCAAGAUUGCAGAACGAGUCUCACGAGAACUUUCGAAGGACUGUAUUGUGGUUUUCGAUGAGGCUCACAACAUCGAUAACGUUGCUAUUGAAUCUCUCAGCAUCGACUUGACUGAGGACUCCCUACGUAAAGCAUCAAGAGGUGCCAAGAAUCUUGAGCGAAAGAUUGAGGAAAUGAAAACUUCAGAUGCCGAAAAGUUACAGUCAGAAUAUACGAAACUCGUCGAGGGCUUGAAAGCAACUGAAGAAGCGCGAGACGAGGAUUUGAUCAUGUCAAAUCCUGUAUUACCACAAGAUCUUCUCAGCGAGGCUGUACCUGGAAACAUUCGCCGUGCUGAGCACUUUAUAGCUUUUUUACAAAGAUUUAUACAAUAUCUCAUGACACGAAUGAAAGUAACUCACACUAUCAGUGAAACGACACCGAGCUUUUUACAACAUUUACGCGAGCUUGUUUUCAUCGAGGCAAAGCCUUUGAAGUUCUGCUCGGAGCGGCUAACCUCUCUCGUCCGUACUCUCGAACUUAUGAAUAUAGAAGAUUAUCAACCUCUUCAGGAAGUGGCCAUGUUUGCGACUCUUGUCAGCACCUAUGACCGCGGAUUUCUACUCAUUUUAGAACCAUUUGAGUCCGAAGCAGCUACAGUCCCUAAUCCGGUGCUACACCUUGCAUGUCUAGAUGCUGCUAUUGCUUUCCGACCCGUGUGCGAGCGGUUCUCGUCCAUAGUCGUGACGUCUGGCACCCUUACUCCUCUCGACAUGUUCCCGAAGAUGCUCAAUUUCACUCCAGUGCUACAGGAGUCUUAUACUAUGACGCUUGCCCGUCGGUCUUUCCUUCCAAUGAUAGUCACUAGGGGAUCCGAUCAGUCACAGAUCUCUUCCUCAUUUCAAACAAGAAAUGAUCCAAGCAAUUUGCGCAAUUACGGCACAUUAUUGCUGGAUUUUGCUAAGAUUGUGCCUGAUGGCAUUGUGGUCUUCUUCCCGUCCUACCUUUACAUGGAAUCUACACUGCAUGUUUGGUCUGGUAUGGGGAUAUUAGACAUGAUUUGGAAUUAUAAGCUCAUCUUGGUUGAGACUCCAGAUGCGCAAGAGUCAUCUCUAGCUCUUGAGACAUAUCGAACGGCAUGUUGUAAUGGCCGUGGAGCUAUCUUGAUGUCUGUCGCACGAGGAAAGGUGGCAGAAGGAGUCGAUUUCGAUCAUCAAUAUGGACGUGCAGUUAUCUGCAUAGGUGUUCCCUUCCAGUACACCGAGUCACGAAUCCUGAGGGCACGGUUGGAGUUUUUGAGAGAAAAUUACGGCAUCCGAGAGAACGAUUUUCUUUCUUUCGAUGCCAUGAGACACGCUUCACAGUGUUUAGGACGUGUUAUCCGCGGCAAAGAUGACUACGGUAUCAUGGUCCUAGCAGACAAACGCUUCGCCCGCAAGAGAAAUCAACUCCCCAAAUGGAUCAAUCAGACCAUCCUAGAAAGCGAAGUCAAUCUAAGUACUGACAUGGCCGUUGCCACGGCGAAAAAUUUCUUGAGGACGAUGGCUCAACCAUUCAAAGCUAAGGAUCAUGAGGGUAUCUCCAGCUGGACACCGGCACAGCUUGAUGAACAAAUUGCGAAACGGAAAAUGGAAGAGGAGCGCGUCGAGAGAGGACUAGAGCCCGUCGCUCCGCCGAGGAAUGGGAGUCAUGGUGCGGACGGCCCUCAGCCUGACAAGGAUGAGUUCGAUGAUGACCUUGACGAGGAAAUGAUGAUGCUGGACACCUAG